AGAUCCUGAUCCUCUCUGCCUCUGGAUGGAGCUCAAAUCGUCUCCAAUUCCAGACUGCUGGGACUACGGCUGCUCCUAAGGCCAUACAGACUUCAUAUAAAUCCAUAAUGAACUUUUUCACACUAUCUGUUGUUACCCAGAUGAGGACGGGUUCCCUUCUGAGUCGGGUUCCUCUCAAGUCGGUGGGAAAAACCCUGACUGACAGCAUGCCCUCUAAAGUCAUCCGCCCACAGCCAGGUCUGUGUGUGAAGACCGUCUCUCUACCAGACCAGCAGAAAGUGUUUGUGAAUAUCUGUCAGUCAGCUGAUGUCCCGCCCCCUCCACCCAUUUCCCAUGAUGCACUGGUGGAGCUGUUUGAGUCAGAUGAUCCUACGGUAUAUAAAGUUCCCAUGAGUCUCGGCGAGGCCCACGCUGAAAUGGACAACAGUUCAAACAGUUGCACAGUUUACGAUGUCAUCAUUAAUGAGGAGUUCUUCCAGAAAUGUCAGAAGGAUUCAUUAUUCCAGCAGUUUGUGAUCUCAGUGUCACUGGAGGGACUGGAAAAUAAAUACAAACUGCAGUUAAACAGAGACAUAAAGAUUUUGAAAAACAGGAAGUUCAUGGGCUCGCUGACGGAGCAGAACGUUCGCACGAAAAGCAAAGCAGUCAUUCAGGAAAUCAGCUCAGAGGAGACUCAGUCACAGCUGGCCACAGUGAGGAGGCCGCAGGUGUGUUUAGUGGUGGAGCCCCCUGUUGGUCAGGUGGAGUAUUUGAUUGCAGAGGUGCAGCUGCCUGGUGUGUCGUCUGUUCGGUCUCUGGUGCUGGAUUUAGGAGAGGACAGGUUGGUGUUGAACGCUCGUCCCUCUCUCUUCCACCUGGACAUUUUCCUCCCCUUCCUCAUCGAUCAGGAGAACAGCGGAGCUCAAUACAACACUGACACACAGGUCCUCACAGUGACCAUGCCUGUGAUCUCAUCCUAAGACAACUGUCAUUUAUUUCCAAUAAAACAUUUAUAUUUUGUGUGA